AUGGGCAAGAAACAAGCCGGUCCCGCCUACGUCCUAGGCGUUGGAAUGACCAAAUUCAUCAAACCCCGCGGAAAGGUCGACUACAAUGAACUGGGCUUCGAGGCCGGUGUCAAGGCCAUGCUGGACGCUCACAUCAACUACGACGAUGUUGACCAGGGUGUGGCCUGUUACGUUUAUGGUGACAGCACCUGCGGCCAGCGAGUGUUCUACCAGUUCGGUUUGACGCAGAUCCCCAUCUACAAUGUCAACAACAACUGUUCGACAGGGUCUACUGGCCUGGCCAUGGCGAGGACCAUGGUCUCCCAUGGGGCUGCCGACUGUGUUCUCGUCGUUGGAUUCGAGAAGAUGAGUGCUGGAAGUCUCCAGUCGCACUACAAUGAUCGUGCAAACCCUACCGGUUUGCUUGGAACAAUGAUGGCGGAGACCAGAGGGAUUACCAAUGCCCCUGGUGCUGCGCAGAUGUUCGGAAAUGCUGGCCGAGAAUAUAUUGAGAAGUACGGCGCCAAGGGAGAAGACUUUGCAGAGAUUGCCCGUAUUAACCACGAACAUUCCAAGCGCAACCCGUACUCGCAAUUCCAAACCGAAUACUCCCUCGAGCAGGUUCUCAAGGCACCCAUGAUCCACGAGCCUCUCACUAAGCUGCAAUGUUGCCCGACCUCGGAUGGAGGUGCUGCUGCCGUCAUCGUCUCCCAGGAGUUCCUGGAUGCUCGCCCGCACCUCAAGGAUCAGGCUGUCCUGAUUGCUGGCCAACAGCUCGCUACCGAUACCACCUCGCUUUUCAGCCGUAGCUCCAUUGACUUGAUGGGAUUCGGCAUGACCCGUGCUGCAUGCCGUGCCGCCACUGCGGAGGCUGGCGUCAAUGUUAAGGAUAUCAAGGUCUGCGAACUGCACGACUGCUUUUCCGCAAACGAGAUGAUCACGAUUGAUGCUCUCGAGCUCAGCGACCCUGAUAAGGCGCAUGAGAUGGUCCGUCGUGGUGACAUCACUUACGGUGGUAAGAUGGUGAUCAACCCCUCGGGAGGUCUCAUUUCCAAGGGACACCCUCUGGGUGCAACAGGUCUAGCCCAAUGUGCCGAGCUGGUGUGGCAUCUUCGUGGCUGGGCUAACAACCGCUUGAUCAAUGGCACUGACGCUGCCUUGCAACACAACUUGGGCCUGGGUGGUGCUGUGGUCGUGUCGGUGUACAAGCGGGCGGACGGAAAGGUCGCAAGCCCAGUGGCGUCCGACGUAGUUGCAAAGGUUACUGGACUUGGAUAUAACCCAGCCGUUGAAGCCAAGGGCUUCACAGCAGAACAGGCCAAAUCUGUUCAGAGCAAGAAGCAUAGUGAUACAUGGGCUCUGGCCGACGCCCAGGAGAGAGUUCUCGCCCGAUUCUAG